AUGGUCUACUGCGGUAAGCCGUCGAAAGGCUGUUCCAACUGUCGUGAGCGCAAGAUCAGGUGUGAUCAAAAGGAGCCCGGCUGUGGCCAGUGUGAGAAGCGACAGCAACAAUGUCCUGGCUACCGAAACCUCGUCGACCUCAUGUUCCGAGAUGAGAGUUCACACGUCAUCAAAAAAGCUGCCAAAACGAAGGCAAGGGGUCGAUUAAAGAAUGCACAGGCCUCGAGUGCCGGAUCGUCCUCCGAAAAUGUAAUAGCAAGCACCGACCACGACAGCUCCGAUCCGAGUCCUCCUGGAACGGCCGUGAGACCUAGCGUUCGGCGCCAAUAUCCACCUCGUCCCAUGGAAACCACGAUGCAGAAUAUGACUAUUAGGCAUCGGCCGCGGCAGAUCCAAUGGUCAUCCUCCUCCUCCGAUAGCGAUGACGACGAAGACGAGCCUUGGUCAAUGGCACCACGCGCAAGGCCUCUGUACUCUUUGUCGCCCUCAUAUCAGGAACGUGGCACGGCCUUUUUCUUUUCUCGCUAUGUCUCCAUGGACGAGAAUGCCUGCCAUCAAAAUUAUGACUUCAUCUUUGAUAUCUGGCGCCCCGCCAGCAUGCUGCCCAGUCGACAGGCGGACGGCGUGAUGGCUAGUAUAGCUGCUGUGGGCUUGGCAGGCCUUUCGCACCUGACAAUGUGUGCAGAAAUGAUGGACUGGUCGCGUCGGAGCUACGGCGCCGCUCUCAAAAUGACAAAUGAUGCUCUGAGGGACCCAGUUGAAGCCGUCAAGGACACCACCAUGUUGUCCAUUCUCGUGUUGGGGACCUACGAAAUGUUGAGCGGUCGUACCAACCAGACAGUGAGAGCAUGGCAAAACCAUCUCAACGGUGCCUCUGCUCUAGCCAAGAUGCGAGGCCUCGGCCAGUUCACAACUAGAGCGGGGGCACGAAUGUUCAUGAUGCUGACACAGAUCGUCCUCAUCAACUGUAUGCAAAGAGACAUGCCCAUGCCGCAGUCUCUCAUCGACCUCCGGAACCAGCUGGGUAUGCUUUCGGGGGGAACUGACCCUGGCUGGCGAUUAUCUGGUCCCAUAUAUAAGGUCAUGCAGCUGCGGUACGACAUUAACAGCGGGAAACUUAACCAAACGGCCGAUAUCAUCAACCAACUGUCCAGCGUCGAUCAAGACUUUGCCGAUGUCAUUGCCGAUUUGCCUGAAACGUGGAGAUACAGAUCUGUGAGGCUUGCGACAUCACACCCAUCCGUUUUCGAUGGUCACCGCUGUGAUGUAUACGCCACGCUGGGGCUGGCUGCGACUUGGAACGGCGUCCGAUCGAUAAGAAUGAUGGUACACGAGACCAUCCUCGGAGAGCUUUUCAAAUGCUUUCAAGGUCAACACAUUAUGCUCUGGCCGUACGAGGCAAAAUUACAGCUGGCAAAGUCUGUCGAAUUGUUGGAGAAACUUUGCGAAACUGUGUUGGCCAGCAUUCCUCAACAUUUCGGCGUUGUCAAUUUUAGAGACGCUCUGUUUGGAGGCGGCGGCGGCGGCUCACCGUCAGCCAUUGUACCAGUAACGAAGUCUCCGUCUCGAAUUGUGCGAUCUCCUUCGAUUUCUGCAUCGUCGUCUUCGCCGUCGUCCGUGGCUGAAACGCCGCCAGGCCCGAGGUCUUUCAAUGGCCCAACUCUGCAAGACCCAACCUACGCGAAGGGCCGCAGCAACGAUGCCGAGCGGUUCAUGACCCUUGCUUCCGCAAGCAACACGAUUGUGUGGCCGCUGUACUUGGUUGGAGUUUCAUCGUGUUGUACGCAAGAAGUCAAAGACUUUGUCGUCGACCGACUGAAAGCGAUACUCGAAGAGUCGGGGUUGAUGCAAGCUCAUGGAGUGGCACUCAUGGUUCGGGACAAGGAGGUGUAUAUUCCGUGGUCUGAUGUAUCCUGGAAUCGGAUGCCACAGACACAUAUACCGUCCGACUUGAUCGUUUAG